AUGAUUUCUGGAUAUCUUAUUGGUGAUAAAAUUACGGAAGGGACAUCACCUGUGAUAUAUAAAGCCACAGACUUACGCUCAAAUGAAAUUGUUGCUUUGAAAGUAUCGAAAAUGGACCAGGAAGAAGAUGGAGUGACAAUUUCUUCAAUGAGAGAAAUCACAACCCUUAGAAACAUGUCACAUCCAAACAUAAUAACAUUACGUGAAGUCAUUACUGAAAAUGAACAGCUUGCUGUCGCUUUCGAAUACAUGGCUAAAAAUUUGAGACAGUUUCUCGAAAAGCGAAGCAGACCACUUGAUCCACCUCUUCUCCAGUCUUAUGCAUACCAACUACUUUCCGGAAUCAACUAUAUCCAUAGUGUCGGAUAUAUUCAUCAACAAAUUGAACCGUCUAACAUAUUAAUAAAUGCGAAAGGUUUACUUAAAAUUGGAGGAUUUGGUAAGGCCCGUGCUUAUCAUCAUCCAAUGUCAAGGUCAGUCAACACGAGUCAAUUAUUAUGGUACACAGCCCCAGAAUUACUAGUAGGAACAGAUUACUAUGGUCUUGGUAUUGAUGUUUGGAGCGCAGGAUGCAUUAUCGCUGAGAUGGCGAGAGGCCAAGUAUUAUUUCCCGGAGAUUCUAACAUUGACAUGCUUGCUCGCAUUUCCAAUAUACUAGGACAACCUUCAGAAGAAGAAUGGCCUGAAUUCUACAGAGUAAUCAACAAAAUGUCUUUACACCUCUCCGAAGACUUCUACAGUUGCUUUAAUAAUAUAAACCCAGAGCUGGUCGAUCUUAUCAAGAAGUUACUUACUCUAAAUCCUGCAAACAGGAUUUCUGCAAAUGAAGCAUUAUUACAUCCAUAUUUUAAGGACAUUCCACAUCAAUUUGUUGAGUUUUUCUCCUAUAAUAUUGGAGAUUAA